UCAAAAUAAUGGUGCCUACUCAAGAUGAAUCCAGCUCUCAGGACUUGCUCCAGGCUCAAGUUGAUCUUUGGCACCAUGCAUUGGGAUUUGUCAAGUCCAUGGCACUCAAAUGUGCAAUGGAACUGCAAAUUCCUAAUGCCAUCCAAGGCCAUGGUGGGUCUAUUACCCCUUCAGAGUUGGCCACAAAGAUUGGGCUCCAUCCGUCUAAGCUUCCCCGCUUACGACGAAUCAUGCGUGUGCUCACCGUAUCAGGCAUCUUUGCUAUCCAUGAAGCAGCUUCACCAGACAAGGAGGUUGUUUAUGGGCUUACGCCAACCACACGCCUCCUUGUUAUCGAUGAAAUUAAAUCAAACUUAUUUCCCAUUCUGUCUUUGAUUCUUGAUUCAACCGUCAUUUCCCCUUUCCUUGACAUGCACUCAUGGUUUCUCGACGAGUGUUCCACGUCCCUGUUCAAAAAGGCUCAUGGCCUUAAUAUUUGGGAGAUGGCUAACCAUGAUGAUACUUACAACCAGCUAAUCAAUAACGCAAUGGUUUCUGACACUAACUUUCUAUUGGAUAUCAUAUUGAGGGAGUGUGGUGAUGUAUUUCAUGGCAUAAAUUCGCUUAUUGAUGUCGCUGGAGGCCACGGUGGAGCUGCCAGGGUAAUUGCGAAGGCAUUCCCGCAAGUAAAAUGUACUGUGCUGGAUCUCCCUCAUGUUGUUGCAGAGGCUCCUACUGAUGAUAAUGUGCUGUUUAUUUCCGGCGAUAUGUUUAAGUACAUUCCACCAGCACACGCUCUUUUCCUGAAGUCAAUUUUUCAUGAUUGGGGAGAUGAAGACUGUGUCCAGUUAUUGAAAAAAUGCAAGGAAGCUAUCCCUCCCAGAGAUGCUGGUGGGAAGGUGAUAAUUGUAGAUAUGGUGGUUGGAUCUGGGCCAAAUGCGAUUGUUACAAGAGACACAGAAGUUUUCUUUGACCUCCUUAUGAUGUGUUUUGAGGGGAAAGAGCGAGAGGAAUUCGAGUGGAAAAAGAUAUUCAUGGAAGCUGGGUUCAGCGACUACAAGAUCUUGUCAGUUUUGGGUGUUAGAUCUGUUAUUGAGCUCUACCCUUGAACACCAUGAAAAAUUACGUGUCAAUUGGUAUUGUAUUUUCACAAACUAGCAUGAACAGCAGGUGUGCUUCCUUGUUGCAAGCCUGUGGCUUAGUGUGAUUAAUGGAUGUAUUCUUUGUACCCUUUAUUUUUAUAAAUGAGAAGAAUUUACACCGACGGUA